GAUUGAAGAUGGCGUCCAGCUCGGAGCGCAGUCCUCCUCCGUUCCCCGACUCCGAGGACCAAGAUGUGCUGGACUCAGAAGAAGUUGGAGGCCGAGAAAGUGAUGAGGACGACGGGGAGGACCUCUUCAUGAGCACGAGCGAACAGCCACUGACUGAAAUGGACACUACCCUGCCAUCGGCCACUCAGCCCAGCGACGUUUUAAUGAGUCGCCCCCUUGACAUCAUGAGCGAUCCGUUAAUUGAGCCGUUCAGCAGCCCAGUGGAAAACAAAUCAGCUGGUGAAGUUGUCAGUGAACCCUCGGAUGAUUUUGUUGACCUGACAAACAACGUAACCGAACCCACCGCAGACGGAGUUACAACUGAAGCAAACGAUUCAGCUGUAAUCUCCUCUGAUGAUUUCUUUGACAUACUGGGAAGUGAAACUGAGGCACUGCGGGAGGAAGUGGUGGUAGUGGAUGACAAUGCUGAAGCAGCAGCAGCAGCAGCGGGUAAAAGUGAAGUGACAGGAAGUGUCACAGAUCCACCUGGCACUGGAAAACAGGAAGUAAAAGAAACGUCCACUGCUGCAGUUGUCAACAUCAGUGGUGAUUCAUCAGCCAGUGACACACAGCAGCCAUCUGGCAUUGAUAAAAUUGUUGACCCUCUGGUUGACCUCCUUAGUGAUGCUCCUCCCUCUGCUGAUGCCAAAAAACCCAGCAGGGCAGCAAUGGAUUUGUUUGAGGACGAGGGGAGCGACUUGUUUGCAGAACCACGGCAGACCAAAUCCGCCAAGCACCCUCAGAAAAGCCUCUUUGGUGAACCGGACGAGGAUCUGUUCGGUGAGCCGCUGGGUGCCGCGACGAAGAAGAGCAUCAAUAAAGAACACAAGGACAAAUCUGUCACAAUCAAAGCUGCUGCUGUCAACAAUGCAGGGCCACUGCAAGAACCUGCUGACCUCUUCAGUGAAGAAGCUGUCACCACAGCACCCACCAAGAGCAACACCAGCAAUGUCCAAUCUAAGACCAACGGAGUCCACUCUGAAGAGGAGGCAGACAUCUUUGCUGCAGAAGCCACAGUGGAGCUUUCACUUGACAGUCCGCGGAGCGAGAGGAAGAAGAAGAAGAAGGAGGAGGAGGAGGAGGCGGACAAACCGUCUGCCUCUGCACCCUCACUAUCUGUCGCUGCCAGCCUGGCCAAGACACAGCCUGCUGCCCUUGAGGAGCUGGAAGAAGAGGAUGAAGAGGAACAGGAAGACAAAUUUGACAUUUUUGUCUCUGUCAAAGACCCUGAAAAAAUAGGUGACGGGAUGAAUGCUUACAUGGCCUACAAAGUAUCCACACAGACCUCGCUCGCCAUGUUCCGCAACAAAACAUUUACAGUGAGACGGCGCUUCAGCGACUUCCUCGGCCUCUAUGAGAAACUGUGUGAAAAACAUGGACCAAAUGGAUUCAUCGUGCCUCCACCACCAGAGAAAAACCUCCUGGGUAUGACGAAGAUGAAGGUAGGAAAAGAAGAUUCCUCGUCCACAGACUUUGUUGAGAGACGACGAGGCGCCCUGGAGAGGUAUCUCCAGAGGAUAGUCAAUCAUCCUUCACUUCUCCAAGAUCCAGAUGUCAGAGAGUUUUUGGAGAGAGAAGAACUGCCCAGAGCAGUGAGCACUCAUGCUCUGAGCGGUGCUGGCUUCCUUAAAAUGAUUAACAAAGCAACAGAUGCUGUCAGUAAAAUGACCAUCAAGAUGAAUGAGUCAGAUGUGUGGUUUGAGGAGAAACUGCAGGAGGUGGAGUCUGCUGACCAACAGUUCAGGAAGCUGCACGCUCUGGUGGAAUCCCUGGUCGUCCACAGGAAAGAACUGUCUGUGAACACGGCCAGUUUCGCCAAGAGUACGGCUAUGCUGGGCAGCGCCGAGGACAACACCGCUCUGUCCCGAGCUCUGUCCCAGCUGGCAGAGCUGGAGGACAAAAUGGAGCAGUUACACCAGGAUCAGGCUACAAAUGACACCUUCAGCUUUGCCGAGCUCAUUGCAGACUACAUCCGCCUGCUCGGAUCCGUGAGGGCCUCGUUUGAUCACCGCAUGAAGGCGUGGCAGCGUUGGCAGGACGCUCAGACCAUGCUGCAGAAGAAGAGGGAGACCGAGGCCAAACUUCUGUGGGCGAACAAGCCGGACAAGCUGCAGCUGGCUAAAGAGGAGAUCGCUGAGUGGGAGGCCAAAGUGACACAGUAUGAGCGGGACUUUGAAAGAGUUUCCACCACUGUGCGCAAGGAAGUCCUUCGCUUUGAGAAAGAGAAGGCCAGGAAUUUCAAAAUACGAAUAAUCACAUACUUGGAGUCUCAACUUCAGUCUCAACAACAGCUGAUAAAAUACUGGGAGGCUUUCCUGCCAGAAGCAAAAGCGAUCGCCUAAUGGUCGAGCACCAGCCUUUUUUUGGAUGCCACAGCCGGCCGCCUUUUUCUUAUACACUUUACCUCUUUUGCCUUUAAACCAAGGAAAACAUGUGCAUUGUAAAGGGAGAUACAAUCAACAUACAGUCUUUUUUUUUUUUUUUUUUUUUAAAUCACCUUUAACUUCAUAGCUCUGUAUUCUAUUGUAGUAAUAAUUGUAUAUUUUCAUUUAACCUUUCACAAAUAUUUUCUUAUGAGAUUAAAAGUUUGCAUCUACAAAGUUAUGGGACGUAUGAAAGAGGAGAUACAAUUCUAGAUUAAUUAUUCCACCGAUUUUCUUUUCAUGAGAGAAGGGAAAUAAAGCGAGUCCGUUGUUCUCAGGAUUUUCUCCCUCGUGUGAUCAUGUGAUCAUGUGAUCUCCUUCACGUCAGCAGAGGUUAAUCGUUUACAGGGCGGCUGCUCUAUCAUCACAUAUUUGUGGGGACCUGAGAUGAAGGAAGUGGCCAAGAAUCUUCAUCCAGUUUUUUUUUUCUUUCUUCUUUUUAAAUGGCUUAAAGGGAUAAAUUACAGAUUCAAAAAAGAUAAUUAUUAGCACUUCCACAAGGUGGAUAAAGUACAUUUCUUUGGAAAAUAAAACAGUUUAUGUGGUGGGGACUGGGUGGAGGGUGAAGAGGCAGUAGAUUAGUAAGAGGUGGUUAAAGGGUUGCAUUGUACCAUAGGUGAAGCUUUCAGGGUUAAUGUUGUAGAUUUGAUUCAUAAUAAUUGUGCAGAAUUUGCUCUUAAAACUACACGUGUUGGUGCCUUUUUUUUGAAAAAGCCUGAAAGGUGUUUUUUGUCUGCAGAUGCCAAAUUAAAUCUGGUUUGGGAGAA